UUCCAGAUGGCAGGUCGCCGGUGGGCCGCGACGUCAGCCCUCUGCGUGUGCGUAGCCGCCGUCUCUCUCCUGCACACCAGCGGGGUGCGGGCAGACUGCUGGCUCAUUGAGGGGGACAAGGGCUUCGUCUGGUUGGCCAUCUGCAGCCAAAACCAGCCCCCCUACGAGUCCAUCCCCCAGCAAAUCAACAGCACCAUUGUGGACUUGCGGCUGAACGACAACAAGAUCAAGAGCGUGCAGUACGCCUCACUCAGCCGCUUUGGCAACCUGACAUACCUCAACCUGACGAAGAACGAGAUCUCCUACAUCGAGGAUGGUGCCUUUUCAGGACAGUUCAACCUCCAGGUGCUGCAGCUGGGUUACAACCGACUGAGGAACCUCACCGAGGGCAUCCUCCGGGGCCUGGGGAAGCUGGAGUACCUCUAUCUCCAGGCCAACCUCAUCGAGUCCGUCACCCCCAAUGCCUUCUGGGAGUGCCCCAACAUAGUGAACAUUGACCUGUCCAUGAACAGGAUCCAGAGACUCGACAGCAACACUUUUCGGGGCCUAAACAAGCUCUCUGUCUGUGAACUCUACAGUAACCCCUUCUACUGCUCCUGUGAGCUCCUCGGUUUCCUGCAAUGGCUGGAGGCUUUCACCAACAUGACACGCACGUAUGACCGGAUGCAGUGCGACUCCCCACCUGACUACACGGGCUACUACUUGUUAGGCCAAGGCCGGACUGGCUACCGCAAUGCUCUGAGCAUGCUCUCUUCCCUUUGCACCGGUGGCUCCUACACUGUGAUCCCUCGUUUUAUCCCUCCCAGGUACCAGAUGACCACGGCGCCCUCUGAAAGCCCCUGCUCAGAGGAGGAGUGCUCCUCCGGUGAUGGCACGACCCCGCAGUUCUCCCUCUUCACACCCAUUGGCGAGACGGAGGUGCGCCCCAACAUCCAGGUGAAGCACCUCAACCACAACUCGGCUGUCCUCACCGUGCAGAUCCCCUACCCCUUCAGCAAGAUGUACAUCCUCUCCCAGUUUGAAAACGGCUUCUCCUCCAUGAUCACCAAGCUCAGGAAGAAGGAGGAGAACAUCACCGUGAGCAACCUAGUAGCACAAAGAGAUUACACCUACUGUGUAGUCUCUGUCCACCAAUACUCCAAGUACAACCACACCUGCGUCACCAUCACACCCACCAGACCCAACCGCAAGGAGCCAGUGCCCACCCCUUCUACUGCCACUCAUUAUAUCAUGACAAUCUUGGGCUGUCUCUUUGGAAUGGUGAUUGUCCUGGGUGUUGUGUAUUACUGUCUCCGGAAGAGGCGCCAGCAGGAGGAGAAGCACAAAAAGGCUGCCGGCAGCAUGAAGAAGACCAUCAUCGAGCUGAAAUAUGGGCCAGAAAUGGAGACCACCAGCAUCACCCAGCUGUCCCAGGGACAGAUGCUGGGCGGGGAGACAGUGACCCGCAUCCCCUACCUGCCUUCUGCUGGCGAGGUUGAGCAGUACAAGCUGAUUGACAGCAGUGAAACCCCCAAGGCCACCAAGGGCAACUACAUGGAGGUGAGGACGGGUGAGCAGCCCGAGAGGCGAGACUGCGAGCUGUCCCUGCCGCCGGACACCCAGAGCUCUGUGGCUGAGAUCUCCACCAUUGCGAAGGAGGUGGACAAGGUGAACCAGAUCAUCAACAACUGCAUCGAUGCCUUGAAAUCUGAGUCCACCUCCUUCCAAGGAGUAAAAUCGGGGGCAGUCUCCACGGUGGAGCCUCAGCUGGUGCUCUUAUCAGAGCAGAUCCCCAGCAAGCACGGAUUCCUCUCCCCUGUCUACAAGGAAAGCUACAACCACCCUCUCCAGCGACACCACAGCAUGGAGGCGGCCCCCAAACGCUCCAGCACCUCUUCCAGUGGCUCCAUACGGAGCCCCAGGUCCUACCGCUCUGAGGGAUCGGGCCACAAAUCAGAAGCCAAAUACAUCGAGAAGACGUCCCCCACCACUGACACCAUCCUCACUGUGACACCGGCUGCGGCCAUCCUGCGGGCUGAGGCGGAGAAGAUCCGUCAGUACAGCGAACACCGGCACUCGUACCCUGGCUCACACCAAGGGGAGCAGCACGACAGCAUGGCGGGGCGAAAGCCCUCCAUUCUGGAGCCUCUGACCCGUCCUCGCCCCAGAGACCUGGCCUAUUCCCAGCUCUCGCCUCAAUAUCACAACCUGAGCUACACCUCCAGCCCAGAGUACACCUGCAAACCAUCGCACAGCAUCUGGGAGCGCUUCAAACUCAAUCGCAAGCGGCACAAAGACGAGGAGGAGUAUAUGGCAGCCGGCCAUGCCCUACGCAAAAAGGUCCAGUUUGCCAAAGACGAGGAUCUUCACGACAUCUUAGACUACUGGAAGGGCGUCUCUGCCCAGCAAAAGUCCUGAGUCCUCACACAACUCGUGACUUAACACACUAACUGGACCAAAAGAAAUCUGCAGCAGCUAUUUUUAUUCAGACUGUCUUUGAAACAAAAUAAAAUUAAAAAAAAAAGAAUCAAUAAAAAUAAAAGAGAGAACAAAAUAUGAAAAAUCUAUAAAUAUUCUAUAUAAUAUAUAAAGUGAGAUAUUAAAAUGUCCUCACAUUGGUGAGACACGCACCAAAUUUGAACACAAACUUUACAAAACAAACAAACUGUGGAGUGAAAAAAAAAAAGUUUUGUUUCAUUUUGAUUUUUUUAAAAAAAUAAGAAAAAAGAAAAAAUUGGAUAUAAAAAGAAAGUGAAAGAGCGGGCAGAGAGCUGAGGUCUGGCGUUUCCCAAUAUUGCAUUGCAUGAGUCCCUAUUCCGUAAUUUUGUGGAUUCUUUGUGAACAGUUUGUGUUCUUCCUUCCUUCCCUUCCAAAAUCAACAGCAACAAAAACAGCAACAAAAACCAAAAAGAGACCAGAAGGAGAUCCAUCCUUUGGGCUGUUUUUGCAAACGGAGUCUUCCAGUUUAGACUUUUACCCGGUUGAAGGCCCGUUCACAUUUUCACUCACUGAGAAGUUUUACCACACAUUGCAUUGUAAACCGAAGUCGUUAAUUGUACAGAGAAAAUUUCUAUAUUUGCAAUGUUUGCUGUAUAAUGAGAAAGAGAGAGGAGAAAAAAAAAAACAAUACUACAUCUACUAAAAAUAUAUAUAUAUAUAUAUCUAUAUUCA